AUGAUAGGUAAAAUAUUUACGUUGGGGGUUGCAUACUUUGUGCAAGGAAUAGCUUAUGGUUUCCAAGAUAAAUUUAUUCCAAUGUAUUUAAGAUCUGCUGGAUUUUCUCACACGCGUCUAUCUUUAAUGAAAUUAGUACACCUUCCUUGGCUUUGUAAAACUGUUUUCGCUCCCUUUAUUGAUCUUUUCUGGAGCAAAUGGAUGUGGUUGAUAUUUAGUUUAGCUAGCCUUACUUUCGUUUCAUUUUUAGGCAUUUUUAUCAAUAUCGAGUACUUUUUUAUCGUGUCUACGUGGCUACUCCUUUUAAACUUCUUAUCCGCAUUUCAGGACGUUUCAGUUGAUGCUUUAGCAUUACAUAUAUUACAAGAGCAGGAAAUGGGUCAUGGAAAUACUGCUCAAGUUGUUGGUUAUAAAUUGGGAGCAUUAUUUGGUGGUGGCAUAGUAUUUUGGGUACAUUACUACCAUGGCUGGAGUUUUACAUGUUUAUGUUUGACAAGUAUGUACAUUAUGUCUAUGGUUGUGUUUCUACCAAUGUACACUCAGUAUUUGAAGUCGACAGUUGAAAGUGACAAAGGAAAACAAAAACUAAAAAAAGAAGAUACCCCUGAAAAAAGUCCUAAACUUUCUAAAGUUGAAAGGCCUUUCAGUAUAGAGGAAUCUCAUCAAAAUUUAUUGCACAGAAGACAUGUUCAAAAGAAUGAUGAUGCUUCUUCAGAGGAAAGAACUGAAAGCUCAAAACCACUUGUUUCAUCUAAGAAAUAUAAUAUUUAUGAAAUUCCACAUUUAGUAUUAUCCACUAAAGGAACUCUCCCUGUUGUAUUUUUUCUUCUUCUGUAUAAAUUAGGUGAAAGAGGAGCACUUUCCACUUUUCCUAUAUUUCUGGUUGAUCAAGGCUUUUCAACUAAAGAUAUAGGAUUAUGGACUGGCAUCUUUGGUCAGUUAGCUUCACUUGUUGGAUCGUUUGGUGCAGGAAUGUUGAUUUCACAAAAAUUGGAUCUUUCUAUGUUUCUUCAUUAUGUUUUGAUAGCAAGAAGUAUUCCGAUUUUUUUCCAGUGGAUUAUCAUUAAUUUGUGGUUUCCUUCUUUACCUUCAUUUCUGCAUUCUGUUUUGUUCUUUUUUGGUGCAAUCAGCAUGUGUGUUUUGGAAUUUAGUGCAGGGAUGGUGACAACUUCAGUUUUCACUCUAAUGAUGACUUGUUCCCUCAAGGCUCCUGCUGCAUUGCAGGCAACGCACUAUUCUGUUCUUUCUACCGCUGAAGUUGGGGGAAAGCUAAUAUUUUCAUCGUUAAGUGGGGCAUUAAUAGAUUGGUUGGAAACUGAAGUAAGCCCCACAACAACUGCAGCUAGCACAGAAAAAUCUAAUAGUGUUAGAAAGGAGCCUUGCUACAGUUUAGAAGAGUCUAUGGCCAACAUGUUGGAUAGUGACGAUGAUGAUGGAGAACUCGAUGAUCAAAUAUCAGAUGCAAAAGCUAAUUUUCUCGCAGAAUAUGCCAGAGAGAAAAGAUUAUCAAGAGACCAAGAUCCAUUAAAAUGA